AUGGUCGACGCUAACAGUUUGCUUAUUUGCAGUUCUUCUCCUGGGAAGGGAGAAGACAGAAUCAAGCUUUAUCCCUUGGAUGAGGGAGUUCGUGCAGGAGUAAAGGUAGUUUCCAUUGCAUGCGUUGCUACUGUUGUGCCUACAUUGGUUGCUGUACGUGUACUUCCUUGGGCGAAGGCAAACCUCAACUAUACUGCUCAGGCACUCAUCAUAUCUGCUGCGUCCAUUGCUGCAUACUUCAUUACAGCUGACAAAACAAUCCUGGAAUGUGCGAGGAGGAAUACACACUAUAAUGACAAAUCAGCCUGAGGUUCUGAAUCCAACAUGCAAUGCUAAAAGAUUUACUCUUCUCCUUUCAUGGUAGAUGUUGCUGCUGCUAUCGGUGCUGUUUCUUAUAUAAAUUUGUUCUACGUACCGACGUAGUUUUGUACCGAGACCGAGUGGUUCUCCUCUUGGCUCAGGUUUUCUGUUCAAUUAUUUUGCACAGUGCUGCAGCAAUGUGUGGAUCUGAGUAGCACAUUUUGUCACUUUCUUUCUACGUUAAUGUAAACAGUCGUCCGUUGUCUCAUUAAAUGUAUUUCCUUUCCUAG